AUGGGGAUAUACAUGUUGCCAUCAGACCAUCGCAACAGUUAUUGCACAGGUUCUGCUGGAAUUGAAGCUACAGAGGCUGCACUUGAUCUGAUGAAGGCUAAUAUUGCUCGCAAAGAAGCAUGUGAAGUAAAAGAUGAGAGGAAACGAAAAUACAAUUUCAAAUACAACAACAAUGUAAUGAUCAACUAA